GUUUUUGUUGUCUUAAUCUUUUUUUUUUCUUAUUCAGCAAUUUCGUCUUCCUUCCUCCGAUAACUUGGUUUCUCUUCUCUGUUUUAUUUCUUCUUUUUUUAGUAUUUUCCAGGAACUAUCUUCUUCUUCCUCUUUCGUUUUCUCAAAACUGGGCUUCUCUUUGAGUCAACGGUCAGCGAUCUCGGCGUUUUCAAAAUCGGAAAAUCUAGCUGCGGCUUUGCUUUUGAUUUCCUUCGAUUUGGUUUCCUUUUUUCUUCUUCAAAUUAAGUCAACGGGUGAAUACGCGUUGAGAGGGCUUUUCUCUUAUUCUGCUUCUGAUUUCUUCAUCUUGGGAUUUCCUUUGUGUGGUAGUAGCUUAAUCGAGUAUUUCAAGAUCCCUUUUUUCUUUUUGGGUGUGGGGUUAAAGCAAUGAUGGAUCUUUCUCUGAUGAUUAUCUGUGGAGGAGUAUUUUAGGGUUUUUUUGUUAAUCUGGGAUAUAAUGGAACGACGAUUGAUUCCUGGCUUCUUCUGGCUUAUUUUGGUUUUGGAUUUGGUUCUCAGAGUUGCGGGCAACGCCGAAGGUGAUGCUCUCAGUGCAUUGAAAAACAGUUUAGCUGACCCUAACAAGGUGCUUCAAAGUUGGGAUGCUACUCUCGUUACUCCAUGUACAUGGUUUCAUGUUACUUGCAAUAGUGACAAUAGUGUUACACGUGUUGACCUUGGGAAUGCUAAUCUAUCUGGACAGCUCGUGAUGCAACUUGGUCAGCUUCCAAACUUGCAGUACUUGGAGCUUUACAGCAAUAACAUUACUGGGACAAUCCCUGAGCAGCUUGGAAGUUUGACGGAAUUGGUGAGCUUGGAUCUUUACUUGAACAAUUUAAGCGGUCCUAUCCCAUCAACUCUCGGCCGGCUUAAGAAACUCCGUUUCUUGCGUCUCAAUAACAAUAGCUUAUCUGGAGAAAUUCCAAGGUCUUUGACUGCUGUCUCGACGCUGCAAGUUCUGGAUCUCUCGAACAAUCGUCUCACUGGAGAUAUUCCUGUUAAUGGUUCCUUUUCACUAUUCACUCCUAUCAGUUUUGCCAACACCAAUUUGACUCCCCUUCCUGCAUCUCCGCCGCCUCCAAUCUCCCCUACACCACCAUCACCUGCAGGGAGUAAUAGAAUUACUGGAGCGAUUGCGGGAGGAGUAGCUGCUGGAGCUGCACUUCUAUUUGCUGUUCCAGCCAUUGCACUUGCUUGGUGGCGCAGGAAAACACCACAGGACCACUUCUUUGAUGUACCAGCUGAAGAGGACCCAGAGGUUCAUCUAGGACAACUCAAGAGGUUUUCAUUGCGUGAACUACAAGUGGCUUCAGAUAAUUUUAGCAACAAGAACAUAUUGGGUAGAGGUGGUUUUGGUAAAGUAUAUAAAGGUCGACUAGCCGAUGGUACUUUAGUGGCGGUUAAAAGGCUGAAGGAGGAGCGUACCCAGGGUGGCGAACUGCAAUUCCAAACUGAGGUUGAGAUGAUCAGUAUGGCGGUUCAUAGAAACUUGCUUCGGCUUCGUGGAUUUUGCAUGACUCCAACUGAAAGAUUGCUUGUUUAUCCGUACAUGGCUAAUGGAAGUGUUGCCUCUUGUUUAAGAGAACGGCCUGAGUCCCAGCCACCACUUGACUGGCCAAAGAGACAGCGUAUUGCGUUGGGAUCAGCAAGGGGACUUGCAUAUUUACAUGACCAUUGCGACCCAAAGAUCAUUCAUCGAGAUGUGAAAGCUGCAAAUAUAUUGUUGGACGAAGAGUUUGAAGCCGUGGUUGGGGACUUUGGACUCGCAAAACUCAUGGACUACAAAGACACACAUGUGACAACUGCAGUACGUGGUACAAUUGGUCAUAUUGCCCCAGAGUACCUUUCUACAGGAAAAUCAUCAGAGAAAACCGAUGUCUUCGGGUAUGGAGUCAUGCUUCUUGAGCUUAUUACUGGACAAAGGGCCUUUGAUCUUGCUCGCCUUGCGAAUGACGAUGAUGUCAUGCUACUAGACUGGGUGAAAGGGUUGUUAAAAGAGAAGAAGUUGGAAGCACUAGUAGAUGUGGAUCUUCAGGGUAAUUACAUAGACGAAGAAGUGGAGCAACUAAUCCAAGUGGCUCUGCUCUGCACUCAGAGUUCACCAAUGGAAAGACCCAAAAUGUCUGAAGUUGUAAGAAUGCUUGAAGGAGAUGGUUUAGCAGAGAGAUGGGAAGAAUGGCAAAAGGAGGAAAUGUUCAGACAAGAUUUCAACUACCCAACCCAUCAUCCAGCCGUAUCUGGCUGGAUCAUUGGCGAUUCUACUUCUCAGAUCGAAAACGAAUACCCCUCAGGUCCAAGAUAGGAUUUGAACACGGAUGCUUUCUCUGUCUUUUGUAUUUUUUGUUUUUGUUUUGUGUAUUUAUUGAGGGUUUUAGUUUCUCCUUCUCCAUAUUAUUGGUUCUUAAGUGAAUACAUGAGGAUCAGAUUGGGUUUGUAAGUGUCAUAUGAAAAGGGAUUUGAAUGUUGUUGAAAGCUAAAACCCAAACAUGUCUUAAAAAGUUACUUGACGAUUGUUGUGAAUUCACAUUUGUAUCCCAUUAACUGUUCUUUCUA